AUGGGUCCAAAGACGGCGGGAGCUUUGCUGAAAAGUCUCCGAGCUGAAAUUGCAGCCGAUAAGGAGAAAAAGUACCAGGAAGAGCAGAAUGAGUUGACGAAAGAGGAAGAGAAGAUCAAAGGACGACUAGACGACCUGGAAAACGAACUGAACAGACAACAAACUGAGGAAGAUACACUGGAAAACCUCAAUGAGACAAGGGAUAUGAUAGCCGUCGAGAAGAGAGAACUGACUGGGAUCGAGGAUAAGAAGUUGGAGAGUGCGAACAAGCAACUGGCCGAGUCGGAAAAAGACUUGGAUUUGUGCCAGAAAAACCUAGAAGAAGCUAAAGCUAAGGGAGACAAGUAUGCGAUCGAGCAACUGGAAGAUCAUGAGCUCACUCUGAGGCAAGACGUGCAAAGAUGGGCCGUCGAGAAGAGAUUCCAUGAGAACGUGAACUUUGUCAGCAUUAAAGAUGCAAAUCGACAUCUGACGGACACCAAGGGAAAGUUAGCUUCAUGUAGGGGGCGGCUCAAAGAAGCACAAGAACAAGGUGACACCGUAGCUGAGGCUCAACUCAAGCAAAGCGAAGCCAGCUUGCAGAAAGAGAUCGAGAAAUGGGAAGUGGAAAGAAGAGUCCUUGAGAGAAUCGAGGUCAUGAAAAUUCAAAACACCCACAAACAGCUGGCCGGCUACGAGAAAGAGUUGGAGUCGUGUCAGAAAGAGCUGAAGGAUGCAAGGGAAAAUGGCGAUACAGAAAAAGUCACCCAACUCGAGGCAAAGGAAAAUGAUCUGAGCAGGCGUGUCGACAAAUGGGAAAAGGCAACGCAAGAGAAACAGCAAAAGUUCAUAGAGGAGAAGGGAGAUGCUAUGGAACGAGCAAGCCAACCUUGGCGACAACAUCACCAAGCAAAAGGGUCGCAUCAUCCGGCGGUUAUCUCGAUGGACGCCGAGAAGGUUUUUAAAAUCGUCGCCGACACGGGCUCUGUGGUCCGUUUCGCGAGCGGCGAGGGCGUGACACUUCGCUUCAACAACGAACUCCGCAUACACCCGGCCGCACUCGAGCAGCUGCACGCAAAGGGGAACAACGAUCUACGUGAUGUCCUUCAAUUGACAAAGGAUUUCACCGCGGGAACGAUACCCGAAGUGGAUUAUUUGCUUAGGAUCAAGGAAACGUUCGGGGCAAAACAUCGAAUGAUGGUGGACACG